AUGCCUGCUAAGCUGGCACUUUUUCUAAAGUUCUUCAUCUUCUGCUCACUAACCACCCCAAUACUGAGUGGUAUGACAAGAAUUUCUGAGAUGAUAUGUGGAAAAUUCAAAGAUCCCUGCAUAUUGCCUAUGGAUCCUGGCAGCUGCUAUGAAAUUCACUUUAGAUAUUUCUACAACAAAACCUCUGAUACCUGUAACAGUUUUCUCUUCAGUGGCUGCGAUGGCAACCUUAACAACUUCCAUCUUAAAAUAGAAUGUCAAGUGGCCUGUGUUAAAAAACCCAAAGUGUAA